AUGGCCACCCGCUCACUCGUUCUCCUGGGCCUGUCCAGUCUCGCCGCCGCCCAGACAACCAUCGUCUCUCUCCUCUACGCGGGCGGCAAGCCGGAAGGCAGCGUCAUGUCGGCCUCCGUCAUUGGCAUUGGCGACGAUGCCACGACCUACUCCCUCACCUGCAUCCCGACCGAGUCCAACAAGCUCUGCUUGGGCGGCAUCGGGACCAUCACCCAAGGCCCGUCGACGUUCGAGUACUCAUUCAGCACCAGCGACUCGGAGCUUUUUGAGACGCUAAAGCUGGCCUGA